GAGUGCCGGGCCGGCAUGUUCUGUGGCACAUCAGUCGUCAACUCCUGUGCCCGCUGCAUCCCCCACUCUGUCUGCCCGGCAGGAAUGGUUGUCAAGUUGCAGGGCACAGCACAGAGCGACACCGUCUGUGAGCCGGCUUCCCCAAGGGCCAGCCCCAACUGCAGCGCCAGCCCACAGGACUGCAAGGGCCCCACCAGUGGCGCCAUCCCCCAGGCCAAGCCCACCCUGACCUCCCCAGCAAGCCCUGGUGCCAGGACCAUGCUUCUUGGAGGGGACAUCCCCCUCGCCCCAGAAGAUGCUUCUAAAAUGACUCCCAACUCCAGCUCCUUCGUGGUGAAGCUCAAUCCAGAUCCAGGGCUGACCCUGCAGCCCCCGUGCCCUUGGGGGUCUGCUGACUGCAGGAAGCAGUGUAACCACGACUACUACCUGGACAGGGACGGUCGCUGCAAGGCCUGUGUGACAUGUUCAGGAGAUGGCCUCGUGGAGAAGACACCUUGCACAUGGAACUCUUCCCGAGUCUGUGAGUGUCAACCUGGCAUGUUCUGUGCCACGCCAGUCACAAAUUCCUGUGCCCGCUGCGUCACCCGCCCCAACUGCCCACCAGGGAUGGUCACCAAGCUCCAGGGUAUGGCUGAGACAGGCACCACCUAUGAGCCACCUGGACUGGGGAGCCCUCCUGACUGCAACACCAGCCCAGAGGACCAUGGGGCGCCUAGCAGCCCCACCCCCUCCUUGGUCUCCCUGGCUGACUCCCUGACCGGUAAGGAGCAUGAAGCGGGUGUCACCCACGCCUGGGAGGACACCCCGGUCUCAACCAGUGCUCCCAUCUCCUUCUCCUCCACGGGAAAGCCGGCUCUGGUUUCAGGACCUGUGCUCUUCUGGGUGAUUCUGAUACUGGUGGUGGUCGUCAGCUUCAGCUCCUUCGUCCUGUGCCACCGGAGGGCCUGCAGGAAGUGGAUUGGACAGAAGCUGCAUCUGUGCUACCCAGUCCAGACCUUCCGGCCCACGCUGGAGCCUGUGGAUUCCAAGCCGGGGAGGAACCCGAUACUGACCAAGAGUGUAUCAGUGGCAGACCCAGGCAAUGAGGAGCAGGGCUUACUGAGUCGCCCGGCUGUGGAGACCUGCCUGGAGAGCCUGCGGCUGCUGGAGGCCAACCCAGUCAGCAGCCCCCCGUCCCCCACAGACCUACCUGAGCCCCGAGGGACCAUGGAGCAUACCAACAACAGGAUUGAGAACAUCUACAUCAUGAAAGCUGACACCGUGAUUGUGGGGACCGUGAAGGCCGAGGUGCCUGAGGGCCAAGGCCCAAUGGGGCCAGCCAGGCCCGAGCUCGAGGAGGAGCUGGAGACGGACUAUGCCUCCCACUACCCGGAGCAGGAGACAGAGCCACCGCUGGGCAGCUGUGGGGACGUUAUGUUCUCAGUGGAGGAGGAAGGGAAGGAGGACCCCUUGCCCACGACUGUCUCUGAGAAAUGAGGGCUGGACUGGCACUGAGAGGGCAACUGGGUGCCUCUGGAAGGCCACGGUGGCACUGGUGGCACCACACCGGUGGCAUCAGGCCCGUCUGGCCUGAACUGAGGGUCCAGCAUCCAGUGGUGAACCCAGCCUGUCAACACGGGAGGUCUUGCUAUUCUAUGCUUGUAUCCCCACCCAGCUGCCUCCCAACCCAGACCUUGGGGAGCCCGAGCCUGUGAGGCAGAGACAGACAAGGGGCUGGAUCUGGAUGACCAGGAGGGCCUGGACCCCGUGCCUUCUGCUGCUGCCAAGAA